UCAUCCUGCCUCAGAAGAAAGGAAGGUUUUUGGCAACUCUGGUUAAAAAAAAAAAAAAAAAGAAAGACAACUUUUCAUCAAUGGCCUCUUUUGGAUAUUUCCUGUUUCUUUGUGGGUUGAGUCAGGCUCUGUCAAGUUACCCAAUCUGGUGGUCCUUGGCAAUCGGUCACCAGUAUUCCUCCCUGGGGACUCAGCCUAUCCUGUGCGGGAGCAUCCCGGGCCUGGUGCCCAAGCAGCUGCGCUUCUGUCGGAACUAUGUGGAGAUCAUGCCCAGCGUGGCAGAAGGUGUAAAGAUUGGGAUCCAGGAAUGCCAACACCAGUUUCGAGGGAGAAGGUGGAACUGCACCACCGUCAAUGACAGCUUAGCCAUCUUUGGGCCCGUGCUGGAUAAAGCCACCAGGGAGUCUGCCUUUGUCCACGCCAUCGCCUCUGCCGGGGUGGCUUUCGCCGUGACCAGAUCCUGCGCCGAGGGCUCGGCCACCAUCUGCGGGUGUGACACGCGCCACAAAGGCUCUCCUGGGGAGGGCUGGAAGUGGGGAGGCUGCAGCGAGGACGUGGAGUUUGGGAGCAUGGUGUCCCGGGAAUUCGCGGAUGCCCGGGAGAACAGGCCCGACGCUCGCUCAGCCAUGAACAGGCACAACAACGAAGCUGGAAGGACCUCUAUCAUUGAGCUCAUGCACCUCAAGUGCAAGUGCCACGGGCUCUCGGGCAGCUGCGAAGUGAAGACCUGCUGGUGGUCCCAGCCGGACUUCAGGGUCAUCGGCGACUACCUUAAGGACAAGUACGACAGCGCGUCGGAAAUGGUGGUGGAAAAGCACCGGGAAUCCCGCGGCUGGGUGGAGACCCUCCGGCCUAAAUACAACUUCUUCAAGGCCCCAACUGAGAAGGACCUGGUUUACUACGAGAACUCACCGAACUUUUGUGAGCCCAACCCUGAGACAGGCUCCUUUGGGACCCGCGACAGGAUCUGCAACGUCACUUCCCACGGGAUUGACGGUUGCGACCUUUUGUGCUGCGGCCGCGGGCACAACACGAGGACUGAGAAACGGAAAGAGAAGUGUCACUGUAUCUUCCACUGGUGCUGCUACGUCCGCUGCCAGGAGUGCAUACGAGUCUACGAUGUCCACACGUGCAAAUAAAGCAGGCAAAGCCCUUCCCCGGGCUCCGAGUGGAGAAAUGGAUUUUGAGCCUACUUCCUCUGAGGUUGCAGACGUGAGAGAAGUCUACUUUUUUGAUAUUGAAAGAAUAAAAACUGGACAAAAAAAAAAUUAAAAAGGCUAAAAUUGGUUGGAUAGAAUAGGUCUAAUGACUUCUGGGCUAUCCCGAGGUACAUCUGGCAGUCACACAAGUUCUGCCCCAACGCCGAUGCCUCCAGCAGGAGAGCGGCUUUUUCUUCCAGCCCACAACACUGAGCUGGAAAGAAGAGCAUUAGCAAAAGCAUGGAUUUGCUCUGCUCUCACCCACCUGAAGUGACUCGUGUGAUUAAGUGUCCUUUGAAAGACUUGCAUCUUCCUAAGUAUCUCCUUUUCCCUCAGCCAGGCAGAGGCUGUGCUGGACAGCAGCACUGAGCUUUCUGAGAGAUCUCUCUGCAAACCCAAAUGGCCAGACUGUGUAAUAUAAGCAAUAGCAGCAAAAGAAAUAAAGGCAGAUAAAUUAAUGAUUUUUUUUUAAUAAAGAGCAUGACUAUUUCUUUGCUUUUGCCUUGGAACCAGAGAAGUCUACAAAUAUCUAAUAGAGCUGGAGUAUGAGCAAGCUCUUGGUGUGAACUUUUUAGCAUAGUAGCUUCUGCCAGAUUUCACAUAGGAUUCCAUGACAUCUCUAGAAAGGGAAGGAGGGAGAAGAAGAGGGAGAGAAAGAAAGAAAACUGCAAAUGCCCUGUUGGCACACAGGUGAUGUGCACGGUGCGGAAAAGUUCAGUGUCUUGUGUGUGAAGUGAAGAGGACUCAGUGUGUGCAUUGAGAAGGAGACAGUCCCACAAACGGGAAUGCUGCUCCAGUUCUCCAGCCCCAGGGCGUGGCUCAACCAGUGAGUCUUCCUUGGAAACAUGCGGUGCAGUGAGUCUCCUGGGGCUCCUGGACACUCGCUCCUGAGCACAGGACAUCCAUCUCCUCAGCAUCCCAGGAAAAGGAUGGAAUGGGACAGUGUUCACUCUUCCCACCUCGUUGGAGAAUUCCCUCACCAACAGUGGAAAGUGCACUUAGUCCAUCCACUCUCUGCACCUCCUGCAGGCUUCCUGGGCACCUGGCAACAGCCUGAGCCCACAGGUCUGUCGGGAACAUGGAUCUGAAGGACUCGUUGUCACCCAUUAGUUUACAUGAGGGUGAACCAAACACACCAUCACCACCACACCCCACAAGCUGGACCAGUCUCAGACUCAAGCCAAACUUGGUUUCCACACCUAAUUCCUACAGCCAUUCCCACCUGUAAAAGUGGCACAGAUUAAAAUGGACGAAACCCAGAGUCUGAACCAGCCCAGAGUUUGGGUAAGUUUGGACACAGAGCCAAAUCUCAGCUUUGCAGUUCUGGCCCAUCUCUGCUGCUCACCCCUAACUCCCCAUCUUUGCAUGUUGCUCUGCUUCCAAUUCCAGUUUACACGGUUUACAGAAACAGGUCUCACCUCCUCCAUGGGCAUCAGGACUUCCUUCAGGGUAUCAGGCAUGGACUCAGCCCAUCACCUUGGUAUUUACAGCCCUGUAGCCCUGCUUGAGUUAUUCCCGGUCAACACUGGGAUAAAUGAGGGGUGAACCAAGCAUGGAGUCGCAGCCUGGUUUAGCCUCAGAUGCACUUGCCCUGUGUCCUCUUUGCCUUACCCCUGCUUUUGGGUUCCUAUCCUGGAAAAGGACAAUGGAUUGGUGUUUAUUCUGUCUCUUCAGCACAGGAAGGGAAACAGGGCAUGAGUUAAUUCCCAUUUCAUGGCAAUGUAAUCAUGGCUGUUGGCUGGCUCACUCCUGGAAAUCUGUGCAGAAAAAUCAGAGUGCUCCUCUGUGCGUGUCAGCCUUUUCCCAGGAACCAAAGGAGGGAAUACGCAGAAGAAGAAGGGAACAAACAGAGCUUAAUCCCAUCAGAGAGAAAACAGGAGGAAAUGAUGCCUCCGAGGGCUGACUCUGAGUCACUGCGGCGUCUCCUGGGACUACUCCUAGGCUGGUGCAGUUUAUGCAUCACCCAUUUGUCUCAGGGCUGUGCCCAAGGGCAAGAUUUGCUUAUUGAUGGAGGCACUUCCAUCAGUGCUAUGCAAAAAGAAAAAAAAGCUGCAGUGAAAUGAGAGCAGAAGAGAGAGAAGGAGAGAGGAGGAGAUCAAGAGAAGCAAAGAAAAAGCAUGGAGAGAAAACCAAUCUGUGAUAUCUGUCAUGUAAGCCCUGCACCCCAUCGAUGGCCACACACCAACUGGUAGAAGGCAGUAGAUCACUGAAAAAUUAAAUAAAGAUCAAUUAAUGGAUGCAUGACUGGUUUUUAUAAUGCAGUCUUGGUGAAAAGGAGACCCUUAACAUGGGAAAUAGAGAAGGAAGCAACUGCAGGGGGAGAUUGCCCCUAUAACCAACAUUCAAACACAGCCUGUCAAGACAACAAACUCUGCAGGAAACCACUUAUGGGGUGGAAGAUGUUGAUAAAUUGGAGAGGAUGGGCUUAGGGAAGCUAUAUCUGGUUUACUUAAUACGAUGCAGUGCAAGCAGCCACAGUGAGAGAUGUUGGACACGUCCUACUAGGAACUUCUGUCAAUAAAUGGUGACCCAACAGUGAAAAUUCAAAUUGUUGCAGGCCAAGGUCCCUUCAAUCCAUUGACUUCAGCGGGGUCACACCCACAACGGGUUUUACCCUAAGAUUUUUCAGCAAAGUGGUUUCGAACUCCUUCUUUUGUACCACACCAGUGAAGAAAUGGGUUGAAGGAUUUGGCUUCCAUGCAUGGGAGCUGGAAUCUGACCCCAGCCCAUCUGCAGCUUGUUCACAUCCACCAUUUCUGCUUUUGCACCAGAACAAGCCCAGCAUCACCAGCAGGUGAAGCUUUUUGGGAGGCAGGGGGAAAAAAUAUUGAAACUGGGCAUUUGCUGAGCAAUUGCCUCUAGAUGUGAACAAACUUUGAUUGCAACAGUGGAAUUUAUUUCAUCUGACCUAAGCUAUUUAUCUAAUUUUCUGCUGGGAUCAAUGGCAAGAAACAAAUCCAGAAGGUGAUUCAUUAUACUUAGGAUGGUACCUAAGCUAUGUUUGGUUGAGUGCCCUCUGGGUGUAUCUCUGACUUCAGCUGCUGAGCUGAGAGUAGAUGAUGAGUUCUUACAUGGGUCCAGACUGAUGAUGUGAUGUCCACCAUGAGUCAAGGAGGUGAAGCUACAACCUGAUCAUCAGCUGAGAUGGGCUGGAAGUUGUGCUCCUUCACUCCAAGCUGGGGUCAGGCUUGAACCAGCUCAGUUGUUGGGGACUCCCCCUCCAUUUAAGGGGUUUUUAACGAAGGCCGUGGGUACUUGUUUGGUUUGUUAUGUAAUUAAUCAUCUCUGUGAUGAUACAAUGUAAGGGGUUGAGCAGCUGCUACUAAAGUCAGUGAAAAAUGCCUGUGUGAAUUCUGUUCAUCACCCCAAGUGCACCCAAGGGUUCCAGUCCUGGGUCUGAUUCUACCCAUCCCUGAGGUGGAAAAGAGGCUGUGAGGGGUCUGGGAGCUGGGCCUGUGUCUGACCCCAUGGUUUUGGAGAAGGGGCUUGGGCCAUCGCUCACUGCUACACAUGAAUUUGGGAGGUGUCUUUGAAAAACUGAGAUCCCACCCCCCUGCCUACACCGGGUGUCUCAUGUCAGGGCUUCCACCGUUCAGGUGUGAAAGACUGAGCCAAUGAUGAGUCUGGUGCCAUCCCUCCCUACAAGAGAUGGUCCAAAUACCACCCAGAGCUGCCUUCUGCCUCAGGUUCUCCCCUUCUGUGAAAACCAUAGGGCGUUCCUUAUGGAAGGGACUUGGGAUUUCACUCAAUAAUACAAAUAUCCAGUGAUAUAUUAGGUGCCCUACAAUAUCCUGCUGGGGUCCAGAUGUUGUUACAACAGCCUAAGACCCACACAAAUCUUAAACCUGGCUAGUCAGAGACUGUUGGGUGUCCAAGAUGACCCGAGAUGUCUUUGUGUAGGCAGUUGAAUUGGGCUCUUCGCUGGAAAUGGUUUUCUGUCAAACCUUCUCCCCCACCUCGGUGUAAUGCUCCAGUCUACAGUCAAAAGGAAAACAUCAUUCAUUUCCCACAGAUGGGAGCUGGCCAAGUCCACCUCCGUGAUCCCUGGUGUCCUUCCCUUCAGUGUCCACUGAUGAGGUUUUUCCUCAGGCAGAUGGUUUGUACCAGGGGUGUGUCUGGCAGUACCAGGGAGAAGGGAAAAGAUGCCACCCAACCAAGUAACACAGAUGCAAAAAAUAAAAGUAAAAAAGGACCAUCAUUCCAUCCUCUCACAUGCUGCUAUCCAACCUCUCCUUUAGCUGAACAAAUGGCUCGGACAGGCCCUGUCAGUUCCACAUCCAACCUAUUAAAUACAGUGCAGUUACCUGCAAGGGGUGAAUUUGGCCUCAUCUCUUUUCUUUCUAUGAAAGAAAUGGAAAGUUUAGGAGUUUGGUUGUUUGCUGUUUGGUUUUGGUUUGUUUUUUUCUUGGUUUAAUUUUAGAGUUUGGGGGCUUCUCUUUCUCAGAGAAAAUGAAAAUACGGGGAGGGAAGUGCAUGACGUUUUCUGUUGCUUGACCCCGGUGUACCUCUCUCGGCUGAGGGUCAUGCCCAGCACUGACAGUCUUCUCCAAAGCAUUUUGAAGUCUCUGGAAUUGCUUCCACUCCUUAUGGGAAGCUUUGUGUGCUAGAACUAAAGCAGUUGGGAUUUAAUUUUUGGAGGGGAUUGCAGAGACAACCACACCACAAGGUGCAACAUGGCACAGAAAUCCCUGAGUCAGCACCGACCGCAUCAGUCUUAGCACUGUCGUCUUAGCUGAGCACUGCAGGAUUUCUGUAUUAACAAACCUCGGAAAGUAAUCUCUUCUGCCUCUCAAUCUCAAAUAUUUUUGGUGUUUUCGGUGCAUUCAGAUGUAUUGCCACAGAGAUGUCCAUGGAUUAUGUUACAUUUGUUGUGUAUGUUCAUAUUCUUAUCAUGCCCCCAUCCUUAAAUUCAUACACAGGAGAAACACUCUGAGCUUUGGGUCACUUAUUUACUGUUUUUUUAGCUUCAAAGAUUGGUUUCAGUGCUGAAAAUCUGGUGUUUGAUGUUGUUGGGGAUAUUCAGGGUUGCAGCAUGAGCGCUCUGCAGGAGCUGGGAGUUGUGAAUCCAGUCCUAGGAUCUGCACUAUGGAAAUUACUCCAGACUUCCCUUGAUGCUUUAAUGAAAUCCAUUUGGGAAGAUGAAAACAGGGCCAUGAAAGGCACCAAAUCCAACUGCCCUGCAGACUGUGCCUGGUUCAUUGGGCUGCCCACAGGGAAACAACUCCUGGCUCUUCCAGAGUCCUGCUCCAAGGCUGAGGCUGCUGGGAAGGGAUCAUCCUGCUGGCAGUGGCACAGUGAGGGGGAUGUUUGCUUGGAUCUGUCAUUCUGGAACUCCAGCAGCUGCUGGGAUGAGAAGCUGUAAGAGAGUGUUGGUUGAUGAGAGAGAAGGUGGACUGGGCAGGACAAGAUCUCAUCUCUUUUUCAUACCUAUGGUUUCCUAUUUUCUACCUCCCUCCAAGCUAAAUCUUGGCUGUUUUAGUAGUGACUUCUCGUUAUCGGAGUAUCUCUUUUUUUAGAUUCCCUCUCUCUCACUGGAAGCAGUGGUGGGGUCUGGCUGAAUUGUUUUAUUCAUGGCUUAACCCUUCCAUCCUCGUGUUUGCUGCCCUCCCUUGUGUUCUCCAGCAAAGUUCCUGAUCUGCAGUUCCUCACCCCCCGGCUCAGGUGUCCAUUAACAGCUGUGGGGUGCAGAUUGCUCGGUUUGAUGGGAAGUGGAGGCUCCUCUGGCCUCCAUUUCAAGGAAGGCGUGUUUAGUCCUCAUUCUUGCCCCUUCCAGUGUAUUCAGGGGCUUGGGCAAGUCGUCUGCUCCCACUUCACUGCAGUUUCCAGAGGGGUCUUUGGUGCAUCUCCACCUUGGAGGAGGAGAUUUUUCUCAAGCACAAACAAGAGGCCAGGAGUUGAUUCCCAGGCAGUGGUACCUACAGUGGGAUUUGGAAUGCCAAGUGAGAUGCUUAAAGGCAGGUAUCUACAUGUGAGCUAGGUGCUUAAACUCCCAUGCAAGCCAAAUUAUGGGUUCCAUUUGCCUAAACGUAGUGUUUAGGGCUGAACUAAUUAUUGAAAUAGGUGUCUAGAGCCAUCUGGGAUGCUCCAGGGUACCCCACUGGCUCCUAAAAGCUACUCUGGAAGAAUGUGGGCUUCCCUUAAAUCUCAGGGCAUAUCUGACGAUUCCAUGCAGAUGCUUCUCCAUCAGAGAUGGGUGUUUAGAUGUCUGACUCCCAUGCAGACACAGGCUUGUGGACAUCCAUGAGUGUGUGUCUUCAUCCAUGAGCAGGAUCCCACUCUAGAUUCCAAACUCUCUUUAGAUUCUCCAAGAUGGAAAACUGUUUGAGGGCUCAAUUCUCUUCUCACUUAAACUGACAAAAAUCAGGUACAAGUGUCCCAAGGGGAGCAGAAGGUGGGCCUAUUUUGUAAAAAUAAUUAUUUGAAUCCACUUUAUUGCCUGGUUUGUCAUGGAUUUGACCCCAAGGGAGCAUCUCUGCUCUCCCUGUUGAGGAACACGUAAAGGAAUUGGACAGGUCCCACCAAGUCAACCACAGGCAAAAUCCUGCUCUUAGCUGAACAGCACCCAGAUAGAGAAAGCUCCUGAGGUCCAACAGCCACACGGUCUUUUUCACAUGGUUUCCUCCUCUGUCUCUGUAGACCUUUUCUCACACCUGUUCUGCACACCAAGGGAGGUCUUGGACAGCCCUGCAUGGACGCUGGGAAAGUGUAAGGAGAUGCUUUCCCCAUUUCCCUUUCUUUUCCAAGUUUCUUCUUAUUAUUUAUUAGUAUUUAUUUAUUUCUCUGCAUUCAUUCCACUCCACCAAAAAUUCUGAAGGCAGGUCUGCUACAGACUCAGGCUGAGCAAGCAGCUGAGUGUCACCCAUGGUUUUGAGGGAUGGCACCAUCAUGUCAGAGCUCCUUCCCAACGCUUGCCACCCACUGCUACCACUUGGAAAGCACAAGAGGCCUGAGUCUUUUCAAGUCAGGCUCCCAAAAACUCCAAAAUACUUCUGUACAGAUAAAAUUCUCCUCGGUCUGUGGUGUAGUCCUGGUUGUCCUACUGCCCCUGUCCCCAGCUGACAGCAGCUCAGCCUUCACCUCCUCAUCCCAGUGGGGACCCACUCGAUCCAUCCCUUAUGGCAUCACUUUCUGUCACUGCCAGGACCAAACCUGCCUGAACAAGACCUGUUGUAGCUUUGGACUCUCUGACAAGCCCACCAGCAGUGUGGAAGACAAAAAACACAAACCUGUAGCACCCCAGGGGAUUCCCCCACGGUACAAAACAUGCUUGUCCAGCAGUCAGGGACAAGUAUCUUCUUGUGAGUGGGUUUUUUCACCGUUGCUUUCCCUUCCCACAGACUGUCUGCCUGAUUACAUCGCCUUCUUCAAAGCUCCAUCACUGUCUGUAACCCCUGCCCUCACCCCACCCGAGCACCCCCGUGUACAGAUUGCAUGUAUGAUACAACCUGAAAUUCCAAAGCUAUUGUACAAAGUAGAAUUGUCACCUUUUUUUUUUUCUCUCAGUAUUUUGUUAAGUCUGAUGAUUUUUUUAUGAUUAUUUAUUUUAUGAAUAAAUGUAUAUAUUAGUAAGAGUAUAUAUUUGCGGAAAUAACUCAUCGGGACAGUGUUGUUGCUCUGCUGUUGUGCUUGUGACCUCAUUGGCUUUUACCCUAUUUUCUACUGACAGCACAUUAGCAAUGUCUUGUAACUGUUUUUUGUUACCAGUUAAGUUUGAUAGAUGUGUUAACUUUAUAAUGAAAAUUAA